AUGGUCAUCGAUUCUGGAAAAGAUGGCAUCGCCUAUCCUGUCCCAACUCCCGAGGAACAACCUAAGACUCGGCAGAUGCCUGUGACUCUGCUUUCGGGUUUCCUGGGAAGCGGUAAGACCACGCUCCUCAAGCACAUCCUCAAAUCCCCUGACCAUGGGCUGAGAGUUGCAGUCAUUGUAAAUGACAUGAGCUCUCUGAACAUCGACGCUGCUCUCAUUCAAAACCACAAAGUCUCCCAAACAACCGAGAAACUCAUCCAACUCCAAAACGGAUGUAUCUGCUGUACCCUCAGAGGGGACUUGCUAUCUGAAUUGGCACAUUUGACCAAGCAGAACGAGGUUGACUAUGUCAUCAUCGAGAGCACUGGUAUUAGUGAACCGAUGCAAGUCGCCGAGACCUUCACAGCCGAGUUCAGUUCAGCCAUGUUGGAGGCCGAGGGUCAAAUUGCUGCCGAAAAUGAUGCCGAUGCAAAGAAAAUUCUGAACGAAAUCGUGGAACUAGGCGGCCUACACACCAUGGCCAGACUGGAUACAACAGUCACUGUCAUCGACGCAUUCAACCUGCUUUCCAGUUUCGACACGACAGAGUUCCUUUCUGAUAGAUACGGAAAAGAGGAAAUCGUCCCUGAAGACGAACGUACAAUUUCCGAUCUCAUGGUUGAUCAAAUCGAGUUUGCCGAUGUUUUGAUCCUCAACAAGGUCGAGACAGUUGACCAAGCCACUCGAGACAAGAUCAUGCAAUUGCUGAAGCUGUUGAACCCAGAUGCAAAGAUUCUCGAAUCAAGUUACUCGCAAGUGGAUGUUCGUCAGAUCAUCGACACAAACAAGUUCGACUUUAUUCGUGCUGCAUCCGGUGCUGGCUGGCUUCGUAGUUUGCACGAGAUGACUAUGCAAAAGACUGGAAACGGUGAUCGUAUGGCGCCAAAACCGGAGACACUCGAAUAUGGCAUCAACAACUUCGUUUACACGGCUCGUCGACCAUUCCACCCCCGUCGUAUCUUCGCGCUUCUCCAUGACAAGUUCAUCAUUCUUCAAAACAACGAAGUUGAAGAAGAAGAAGACGACGACGAAAUGGAAGAAGGUGAAGAGGAAGAUGAGGACGCAAUGGACACAGACAGUGAAUCAGUAGAAGACUUCGACCAACCAGACCCAAACGACAUCCUCAACAACAAGCGAGCACACCCAGCUUUCGGACCAGUACUGCGCUCCAAAGGCUUCUUCUGGUUGACCACUCGCCCAUGGCAAUUCGGCGAAUGGAGCCAAGCAGGCGGUAUGAUGACAGUCGGCUGUGGUGGACCUUGGUUCGCUGAGGUUCCUGAUGAAGCCUGGCCUGAAGACCAGGAUGUGCAGCAAUCCAUCAAGGAUGAUUUCCAAGGGCCUUGGGGUGAUCGGCGCCAGGAACUUGUAUUUAUUGGCGAGGGCAUUGACGAGGACAAGAUUAAGGCUUUGCUUGAUGAGUGUCUUCUUGAUGACAAGGAUAUGAAGAAGUGGGAGAAGGUGAUGAAGAACAAGAAGCUUAGCAGGGAGGAGAAGAGUGAUAAAUUGGCUAAAAUGUGGGAAGAUGGCUGGGAGGAGUGGCCUGCUUUUGAGGCUGAGGAAGAAGAGGAAGAGGAGGAGGCACCAGUGCAAGGUAAGCACCGUCUUAGCGAGCACCUUGGUCCCAAGCAUGACCAUAAGCAUGCCCACUCUCAUGGACAUGGCCGAAUGAUUGCGGCUUAA